AUGACUAGACUUCUCUCCACCACCCUCUUGUACAGCUUCGGCAUCUACAGUAAUGGAUUGGAUACGAUCGAGGGCAAGCAUAAGCUUAUGGGCGUCAAUCCUAAGCUACGCCAGUACUACGAGCCCGUAGCUCCGCCUCAAUUCGGUGGCCAUCAGUUCUUCCAGUGCGACCCAUUGGCGCGAAGUGCCACUGAACUCGUCCCCUACGAGAAUCUCAAUGAUGAUUUCUGUGAUUGUAGCAACGGUGCAGAUGAGCCCGGUACAGCUGCAUGCUCGCACUUCCCAGGAGCAGCGUAA